AUUCAACUGUCCGUCAUCUAAAAGACCGCGUCCGCCGCAAUUGUACCCGUUGCCGUCAAUUCCGAGAACCGAUCUUAUCAUCGCUACCCUCGUGUUCUAUUGCCGACGCAACCGCAGCAACCGCCAUCAUGUCCGUGAAAUUUCAGGAUAGGUUCCAGGACCAAGUCGCGCAACAGGUCACGCAACAGGUCACGGAACAAAUUAAGGGCCAGGUCCAGGGACAGUUUCAGGAGGAGGCCGCAAAGUCAAUUCGCCAAGACACAAAGGAAUUGGUGCACAAGGUCGGCGAACGCUUGACUGGCGGAAACCCUCAGAAUGGUUAUAUGGCUAUGUACCUGCGUCAGCUGCAGAAGAACCCUCUGCGCACCAAGAUGUUGACGUCGGGUGUGCUUUCCGCAACUCAAGAAUACUUGGCCUCGUGGAUCGCGAAUGAUGUCAGCAGGAAUGGGCACUACUUCAGCGCCCGUGUUCCUAAAAUGCUUCUCUACGGCAUGUUUGUCGCUGCCCCGCUGGGCCACUUCCUCGUGGGCAUCCUCCAAAAGAUCUUUGCCGGCCGCACAAGCCUGAAGGCCAAGAUCCUACAGAUUCUCUUUAGCAAUCUCAUAAUCUCCCCCAUCCAAAACGUGGUGUACCUAUCGUCGAUGGCUGUCAUCACUGGUGCGCGCACCUUCCAUCAGGUUCGCGCCACCGUUCGCGCUGGUUUCAUGCCCGUCAUGAAAGUCAGCUGGGUCACUUCCCCUCUCGCACUUGCGUUCGCGCAGAAGUUCCUUCCCGAGCACACUUGGGUGCCAUUCUUCAACAUCAUCGGUUUCUUCAUUGGAACUUAUGUCAACACCCACACGAAGAGAAAGCGCCUCGAGGCCCUGAAAAAGCGUUAUGAUCGUCGCGCCGGCCCAGGCAGUGAUUUCGAGCCCAAGGGCUACUAGUAAAUGUAUAUAGAUUCAGACCCUACCCAUCCGGCUCAAGCGGAACGACCCGAACGCCUUCCAUAAUCCUCGGCCCGUCCACACCAUACCUCGGUUGAAUAGAUGCAAUACGUUCCCUCAAGGCAAAGCAAGCCGAAGGCACGGACAAUCUACUUCUUCCCCCUCUCCGCCCCCAAUUACCCCCUUUGCAUGUUUGAUUGAUUCCAUUCUCAUGUUCUAUUCUGAUCUGGCCCCAAGACCAUUCCCUAUCUUGUGUCGUGCCGAGAUGAAGAUAUGUUUGACCGUCACGAUGUAUGUU